AUGGCAAAAAAUUCAAGAUCAAAUAAAAAAACAACAAAUAAUUCUUCAUUUAAUCAAUAUUUAAUUCCAACAAAUAAAGAAAAUAAAGAAAGUGUAACAAUUAUUUGGUUUGAUCCAUAUAUUGGUUUAUAUGAAGAUGCUGAAACAACAAGAGAACAAAUUCGUCGUAUAAAUGAUUAUAUUAUUUAUUGUAGUGAUAUUGAACAAUGUAUGGGUUUAAUACAAUUAAUUCAUCAAGAAACAAUUUUUUUCAUUACAACAGGAUCAACAGCAUCAAAAAUUUUACCUAUAAUAUCUGCUUUUCGUCAAAUUGAUUCAAUUUUUAUUUUUUGUAUGAAUAAAGAUCGACAUGAACAUUUAUUAAAUGAAUAUUCAAAUAUUAUUGGAAUCUAUGAUCAUUUAGAUGAUUUAUGUAAUUCAAUUAAAGAACAAAUUGAUUUUAUUCAUAAACAUAUACAAACAUGUUCAUUUUUUGAUCGACAUGAAAAAUCAACUAAAGAUUUAUCGAAAGAAUCAGCACAUUUUCUUUGGUUUCAAUUAUUUAGGUAUGUUAUUGUUCGUCUUCCAAAAACUCAAAAUGCAAAACAACAUAUGAUUCAAAUAUGUAAACAAUAUUAUCGUGGAAAUAGAAAACAAAUGAAAUUAAUUUAUGAUUUUGAACAAAAUUAUCAAUCAACAGAUGCAAUUCGUUGGUAUUCAAAACAAUCAUUUAUUUAUAAAUUAAUUAAUAAAGCAUUAAGAAUUGAAGAUAUUGAUUUAUUAUAUGCAUUUCGAUUUUUUGUUGCUGAUCUAUCUGAAAAUCUUCGAUGUGAACAUGAAAAAAUUUUAUUAUCAGAAGAAAAAAUCUUAAAAGUUUAUCGAGGAGUUAAAAUGGUUAAAGAAGAAUUUAAUAAAAUAAAAGAAAAUCAAGGAAAACUUAUUUCAUUAAAUGGAUAUGUAUCAACAAGUCGAAAAAAAACAUUAGCAUUACAUUUUGCAUUAAAAUCAACAAAAAGAAUAGAUGUUAUUCCUGUUCUUUUUCAUAUUGAAUGUGAUUUAAAAACAAUUGAUAAAAAUAUUGUUUUUGCUGAUAUUGUUCCAUUUAGUGAUCAUCCAGAUGAAGAAGAAAUAUUAUUUGAUUUAAAUACUUGUUUUAAAAUUAUAUCUAUUGAAGAAAAUGAUUUAUUAAAAAUAAUUAAAAUGAAACUUUCAAAUCAAGGACAAAAAAUUACUAAAGACUUUAUUGAAUUAACACAACAAGAAACAGAAGAACUAAGUGUUUCAAUUGUUUUUGGAAGAUUAUUGUGUAAUUUAGGUAAAUAUGAUAGAUCUCAAGAAUAUUUUCAACAACUAUUAAAUGAUUCCAAUGAUGAAGAUCGUGCUUGGAUUGAAUUUAAUCUUGGUCGAGCUCUUGAUUUUAAAGGUGAAUGGAAUGAAGCUCGAAAAUAUUAUGAUAGUGCGUAUGAUCAAAUGAUGAAAAAUGAACCAGUACGAAUCAAAGAUUCUGCUCAUGUACUCAACAAUAUCGGUAACAUUCUCUAUCGACAAGGAAAGUACGAUGAAGCUCUCGACUAUCAUCGACGAGCAUUGAAAAUUCGUGAGACAUUUUAUCCAAUUGGUCAUACUCAAGUUGCUGAUAGUCUGAACAACAUUGGUAUUAUUCUCUAUCUACAGCAAAAGUACGAUGAAGCUCUCGAGUAUUUUCAACAAGCACGGACUAUUCAAGAAAAGCUUUGUCCAUCUGGUAAUGCCGCUAUAGCUACGAGCAUUAUCUGGAUUGGUAACAUUCAUAAGGACCAAGAAAAGUUCAAUGAAGCCCUCAAUUAUUAUCAACAAGCAUUGGAAAUUCAAAAGAAAUUUUAUCCAUCUGACCAUGCUGAUAUUGCUCAUAGCUUUAACAAUAUAGGUGCUAUUCUCAAUAACCAAGGAAAGCUUGAUGAGGCUCUCGAUUAUCAUCAACAAGCGUUGAAAAUGAGAGAGAAAGUUUAUUCAUCUGAUCAUAUCGAUAUUGCUCAAAGCCUUAACAACAUUGGUCUCAUUCUUAAAUCGCAAGGAAAGUACAAUGAAGCUCUUGAUUAUCAUCAGCGAGCAUUGAAAAUUCGAGAAAAAUUUUAUCCAUCUGGUCAUGUUGAUACUGCUUUCAGUUUGAAUAGUAUUGGCAAUUGUUAUGAAAAUCAAAACAAGCAAACCAUAGCACUUGAUUAUUAUCAGCGUGCAUUGGCUAUUUAUGAGAAGCUUCUUCCUAUUGACAAUCCAAGUCGACAGAGAACCCAGAACAAUAUUCGUCGACUUACUGAAAAAACCUAA